AGGGGAAACUACUUCCGGGUCAGGUUUUCCUUCUCGUGUAGCACGGUGGUAACAUUAUACCAUGUGUGAACUAGUAACACCGAAUUAAUCUCAUUAUGAGUUCGCAGAGGGGUAACACGUCUCGUUCGCGAGGCCAGAAGUACCAAAACACCAUCGCCUUCAAAAACGACAAAUAUGGAGCGAGUGUACAAGUAAAGAAAGCAAAUUCCAAGAUCCACGAUGGACUCUGUCAACACUGCAAGGAUGUUCUUGAGUGGAAAGUCAAGUACAACAAAUAUAAAUCUCUAACACAGCCCCGGAAAUGUGUCAAGUGUUCUCAGAAGACUGUGAAGGAUGCUUAUCAUGUCAUUUGUAAGCCCUGCUCUCUUCAGCUGGAAAUAUGCUGCAAAUGUGGGAAAAAGGAGGACAUUGUCAUCCCAGUGAACUCUCAUCUGGACCAAAAAGAAGAGGACACGGGUAGCAAAAACAAAGGCAAAAAGUGCACGAAGGACAUAGAGAACUUGGACAGUGAUGAUGACUUUGAUGAUGAUGAUCAUCAUCAUCAUGAAAAGGAGGACUUCAGUGACCUUGAGGACAAAGAAGAUGAAGAUAGUUAAUCAGUACCCGAAAAUGACACAGAGCAAGUCGCCUUCACUUCCCGAUGUGUCCCGGGUUUAAAAGGUGGAGACCUUAUAAACCCUGUAUUGAAGUUCAAACACAGCCAUCAAAUAUUCACACCAUCUUAUCACGGCUCGCUUGCACAACACACCGGUUCUCAUUUUUCUUACAUUUGUUUUAUGCUGUCGUUUGCGUUUUGGCAACGUUAGCGUGCCGCAGAUCUAGCGCUCUUGAUCGUUGAUCAUGUGUCAUUGAUGCAACUAUCACAGGAGUUCAUGCUUUUCCUUCCUCAAGGGCGAGUCACUGCGCUCACAAGACUAACUUAAAUAGCAUUUGAUAUCCCUCAGACAAUGCUUUUGCCUGUUAUGACAAUGAUCACAUGUUGAUCUGCAUCAAAGUUGUUCAAAUCCACGGGCCAUCAACCGUUUUGAAACUGAGAGCUCCUUCUUUGCUUCUGAUGAAUGCAAAGGGUUACCAGUUUGAUACACCCUUCUGAAAUAAUGCUCAAAUGAUCUUUCAUGAUGUUAUGUUCAGACACUGAUCCCGUUAUCAAUUUCUCACAAUGACGUAUCAAGGUCGGAAACAGAUGGAUAUCAAUAGGCAACAUUUUAUUUCCAUGAUGGUGACCCCUGUUCAACCCAGUGCUAAUAUUUGAGCCUAUUUGUACUAAACCUUGGUUAAGUUACAUAA